CUGAAAUUACAUUUCCUCUCUUGUCCUUUUCAGGAUGUCUUUGAAAACAAACCCUCAGUGCCAGAGUACAAAGUGGCCUAUGUACAGAAGUCCCGCUUCAUCCUUCUUCACUAUAGCAUCUUCAAAGCCCUGUGGGACUGGCUCAUCCUCCUGGCUACUUUCUAUGUGGCAGUAACUGUUCCCUACAAUGUCUGCUUCACUGACGCUGAGGACAGCUUAACAGCUGCCCGCAGCACCAUCGUCAGUGACAUUGUAGUGGAGAUGCUUUUCAUUGUUGAUAUUAUUUUGAAUUUUCGGACCACAUAUGUUAGUGAAUCAGGCCAGGUGGUUUAUAAUAAGCGUUCAAUUUGCCUCCACUAUGUGGCGACAUGGUUCUUCGUGGACUUAAUCGCAGCCUUGCCCUUUGACCUCCUCUAUGCCUUCAAUGUUCCAGUGACAUACCUGGUACACCUGUUAAAGACUGUUCGUCUCCUGCGCUUGCUCCGCUUGCUCCAGAAACUCGACCGCUAUUCCCAGUACAGUGCCAUGGUCCUAACCUUACUCAUGUCAAUGUUUGCCCUGCUAGCUCACUGGAUGGCUUGCAUCUGGUAUGUCAUCGGCCGGCAGGAGAGCAACGACCCUGUGACCUGGGACAUUGGCUGGCUCCAUGAAUUGGGCAAACGAAUUGAGGCCCCCUAUGUCAACAUCUCUGUGGGUGGACCAUCCAUCCGCAGUGCUUACAUUGCCUCCCUGUACUUCACCCUCAGCAGCCUGACCAGUGUAGGCUUUGGCAAUGUCUGCGCCAACACAGAUGCUGAGAAAAUCUUUUCUAUCUGCACCAUGCUUAUUGGUGCUCUGAUGCAUGCCGUGGUCUUUGGCAAUGUGACAGCCAUCAUACAACGCAUGUACUCACGGCGCUCCCUGUAUCAUACCCGCAUGAAGGAUCUCAAGGAUUUCAUCCGUGUCCACCGCCUGCCCCAGCAGCUCAAGCAGCGUAUGCUGGAAUACUUUCAGACCACAUGGUCUGUCAACAAUGGCAUUGAUGCAAAUGAGCUCCUGCAUGAUUUCCCAGAUGAAUUACGAGCUGAUAUUACUAUGCACUUGAACAAGGACAUUCUGCAGUUGCCGUUGUUUGAGAGUGCCAGCCGUGGCUGCCUACGGGCUUUAUCCCUGCACAUCAAGACCUCAUUCUGCGCACCCGGCGAGUAUUUAUUACGUCAGGGAGAUGCCCUGCAAGCAAAUUAUUUUGUGUGCUCAGGAUCCUUUGAAGUCCUCAAGGACAACAUUGUGCUGGCCAUUUUGGGUAAAGGAGAUCUCAUUGGUGCUGACCUGCCCAGUAAAGACCAAGUCAUCAAGACCAAUGCAGACGUCAAGGCACUGACCUACUGUGACCUGCAAUACAUCAGCCUACGUGGACUUUUUGAGGUUCUGGAGUUGUACCCUGAAUAUUCUGCCAAGUUCAUGGCAGAUAUCCAGCAGGACCUCACUUUCAACUUACGUGAGGGUAGUGAGAUUGAGGGGCUUCUCCGAUUUUCCAGAUCCCCACGUUUAUCCCAGCCUCAUCUUCAAAGUUGUGCUACUGCCGCUGAGAAGACCCUACCUUCCAUCCAGGAGUACAGUGAGGACUCUGAGGACUUCUUUCAGCCUUCACCUGCCACAAUCACACGUCGAAAAAUCAUGUUGCCCAACCUCAAUAGCCCAGUAAGGCGGGGUUCACUCAGCAGUCUUCUGGGAGAUGAUUUGCGUCAGUUCUCUGCCCUGAGGAGAACUUGUCGGUCUCCAGUCCGCUGCAACCGGGUCCACAGUCCUUCUCCACAAUGCCGUCAGGAGGAGCGACAUUUUGACAGUGACGGUCUCAUUGGCCAGAAGCCUAGCAAACUUCUCAUUCCCUCUCUCGCACACUGCGGACCUCCAGACCUCAGCCCCAGAAUUGUUGAUGGCAUUGAAGAUGACAGUGGAACAUCAGAGACACAAACAUUUAGUUUUAAUGUGGAACAAGCCCAGCAGACUUUGGUGCAGGAUCCUAUGAUAACAGGGACAGGACCAACCAAUCUUGUGUUAGCUACAGAAACUGAUGAGGUAAAGCAGAACAUCAGAAAGCUGAAUCAAGAGAUAAACAACCUGAAUCGGGAAGUUUCCCAACUCAGCCAAGAGUUACAGCAUCUCAUGAAUCUUCUUCAGGGCCAGCUUGCCACUCAGUCUUCCUCCAAUCCUACCUCAGUCUGUCUUCAUAGCGGUGAGCAGACCUCGCCUUCCUUGUCUCCUGUAAGCAAGUUGCCUUCUUCUCGAACCUCAGUUUCCCUGCCACCUCAUAGCCUUCUGGCUUCUUCCUUGCCUAUGCUCCCCAGCCUUCCAGCAUCUUCUAGCUUGGAUUUUUCUGCCUUCACCAGCUCUCUGCCUUCCACUCCCUCCCAGGACAUGGAACUCUUUGAACCCCAGGAGAUGAGGGGAUCCACCUCUUGUGAGUCUGUAGGUCCCACAGAUCAACCUCGGGCUGAUAAGGAACAUGGUGAUCCUCACUCUGGACAUACAAUUAAUAUGACUUCUCAUUCUAACUCACCCAUAUUUUGUCCUGUCACCUCUCUUUCCCCCCAGAAUUCCUUCCCCACCUGUUCAGAACAGGGCUGUCCACCAACAAACUUUUAUUUCCGCUCUAGUCCGGAGAGCUUUCACUGAUGCCAAGAAGCCUUUUGCCACAACUUCUUCCUUGAGGGUAUUUGGUGCAUAGGAUUUCACAGUCAUCAGCACCAAACUUCCUGUUUUUUAAAAUGCAUAUAUUGUUAUAACUACCGUAUUUGUUUUUAAAAGUUAUUCUUUUGAAAAAUUAUAUAUCGCUGACAGCUAAAAUAUUUUGAUUUUCAAGGUACUUAUAAAUAACAGUUAUAUAACCAUUGAUUCAUAAAUCUUGUAGAUACAUUUUUAAAAACAGUAAUAUUAUGAAUGUGUUGUCAGAUUCAGAAGAGUCAUACUCUAUUUUCCUCAGACCCUUCAAUCUAAUAUCAGUGGUCAAUGGGCAAUGGGCACAAAUAUACAUAUAUAUAUAUAUACUCACUUAAUGUGAGAUGACAACAAGAAUACUAGAGCAGUGAACAUUCAUUCUGAUGAGAUUUGAAUGGAAGAAUUUCCAAUGGAUUACAUUCUAUGAAUCAUUAAUACCCUCACCACCACCCUGAAUGGGACCUCAAAUUCACUGUCUGAAGCCUCAAGUCACUUCAGGGUAAAAUUACUUCUCCAAGUGGAUUUAAAUAAAGAUCAACUGGUAAUUUUUUUGUUGUUGUUCAAAUUUAUUUCUUGAGUUUGUUAUUUCCUUUUCUCAAAAACUUCAGUACUGAGGUCUUUGCUACGUCUAUUCUAUAUUAGCACAUGUCCGCAUGUUUUCAAGUCUGCUGUAAGAACCAAAGGAUUUUUCCUAUUAUUUUCUGAUCCUUCUUUUCUUUUUUUCUUUUCUCUCUUCUCCUCUGUUAAAAGUUGCAAGUGAGGGCAUAUGAAUGAUCUCUAAAUUUCUGGCAAUUAUAGUUGACUUCUGUCUUCAGUUCCUGAACACAACUGUUAUAAAACAGAUAAUCUGCUGAAGAGGGUAAUCUGGGAAAUUGUCCUCUCUUUUUUCCCCACUCUGGAGAGAACAGAAUAAUUCAUUAGGAAACACCGAUCUCUUUCUCCUGCAUAGGAUCUAAUGUAUUUUGACAGGCCACCGCAUUUAAACUGUACCAGGCUGCUCUUUCUAAGACAAAAGAUGUGAGAGAUAUAGCUAGCUUGCUAUUUUCUCUGACGUGAGAAUAUAAUUCUAGAAAAGUAGUUGUCCUUAAGACUGCUCCAUGGUAAAAUCAAUACACACCUGCACACAAAAAGCAUUGCCUUUUUCAUCUGAGGCCCAAAACAGAUUCUAGUGGCUUAAUUUUGGAAAACAUAAUGGCAAUCUGUUUUACUGAGCCUACUUGUUCAAAAUCCUACAGGUGAAUCUAUUUUCAGGCCAGUAUUCCAUCACCCUGUGAUAUUUUCCAUGAGACUCAGUGCAACUCAUUUUUGUUACAUUUAGUUCUUAUUCAUGUGGGAUUUGUUUUCAGAAACACUCAAAACAGUUCACUGUCAAGUAAACAAUGUGUCCAGUUCUUUACAAAAUUCUGAGCACAGUAAGUUUUAAAAGACGCUUUUACAGUAAAAUAGAGAGCUAACUGGAUCCA